UUGGCACACGCUGUUUUCUCUCCGCUUAAAAUAGUCGGCACAAGAGACAGAGAAAGAGAGGUAUAGUUGCUGAACAUCGGCGCUUUAUCAGUCUCAUCAGCCAGAAAUCGAAGACCUAGAAAGAAAUUGAAAUGUCGGGAGUGUCCAAUCAAGAGGAGGACAAGAAACCCACCGAUCAAUCGGCUCACAUCAAUCUCAAAGUCAAAGGCCAGGAUGGCAAUGAAGUCUUCUUCAGGAUUAAGAGAAGCACUCAACUGAAGAAGCUCAUGAAUGCUUACUGUGAUCGACAGUCAGUGGAGUUCAACUCUAUUGCAUUUUUAUUUGAUGGUCGCCGGCUUCGUGGAGAGCAGACACCAGAUGAGUUGGAAAUGGAGGAUGGGGAUGAGAUAGACGCAAUGCUGCACCAAACAGGUGGCACUAUUGCCUAAUGUAAUCGCUCGAUGAGUUUGUUAAUUUGGUAGGAGCAAAUUAUUUAGUAUUAAGUGGAUUAGGAUCACUGGAAAACAAUGGCUCUUCAGUUACACAUGCAGCCUAUAUUUUCUGAACUUUGUUGGCAAAAUAGCUAAGAUAUGUGAAGUGUGGUACCUUCUCUGGUUUCAUAAAGUUAAUGAAAGCUUGUUUACUUCUUGAGACUUAAA